AAACCAAAAAGUUCCUAGGAUCCUUAGACUUGGAAAAAGGGACUUGAGAGCUCAUCUAACCCCUCGUUUGGCAGAGAAGAAAAUGGAGCCAUUGAAGGGAUGUUAAUAACCUAGAGAAGAGUUUUUCUUCUUUUGCAUAAGUGGCAAGUGAGCCACAAGCAUUUAUUAAGCAUCUACUAUGUGUCCGAGGUAGAUGGGGGUCCGAGGAGGAAGAGCUCUUUUCAGGGCUGCGCAUCCACCUUUGAUGUCCACUUGAAAUUCAGCUGUCAUCUGAGGCUCCAAGAAGCUGAAACAUGCUCAGUGACCUCAUCUAAACCAGGCUGAGUGUCACUGAUGGACAACAGACCAGUGGGUCCUUCAGAAUGGCACAAGUUGUACCCUAUCGCCCAGGGAGACCGUCAGUCUCCCAUCGACAUUGUCUCCAGUCAGGCUGUCUAUGACCCUACCCUGAAGCCCUUGGUCCUGGCCUAUGAGUCCUGCAUGUCCCUGAGCAUCGCCAACAAUGGACAUUCCGUCAUGGUGGAGUUCGAUGAUGUGGAUGACAGGACAGUGGUGAAUGGGGGCCCCCUGGAUGGGCCCUACCGGCUGAAGCAGUUCCAUUUUCACUGGGGGAAAAAACACAGCUUAGGUUCAGAACACACAGUGGAUGGCAAGUCCUUCUCCAGUGAGCUCCAUUUGGUCCACUGGAAUGGGAAAAAAUACAAGACCUUUGCUGAGGCAGCGGCAGCCCCAGAUGGCCUGGCUGUGGUCGGCAUCUUCUUGGAGACCGGUGACGAACAUGCCAGCAUGAACAGACUGACAGAUGCACUGUACAUGGUCAGAUUCAAAGGAACCAAAGCCCAGUUCAACAGCUUCAAUCCUAAAUGCCUCCUGCCUAUGAACCUGAGCUACUGGACCUACCCCGGCUCCCUGACCACCCCGCCGCUGAGCGAGAGCGUGACCUGGAUCGUCCUCAAGGAGCCCAUCACCAUCUCGGAGAAGCAGAUGGAAAAGUUCCGGAGCCUCCUCUUCACAGCCGAGGAGGAUGAGAAGGUCCGAAUGGUGAACAAUUUCCGCCCUCCUCAGCCACUGAAGGGAAGAGUGGUUCAAGCCUCCUUCCGGUCCUGAAGAGGGCCAAGCUGUCAGCAGCAACAGCCAAGAUGUCCAAAGUGCUUCCAUAUCAGCUAAGACCAAACCAGGUGUGCAGCGCCUUGGUCCUGGACUGAACUCUCAGAGCCGUGCGGGGUGCUGGGGCAGAGCUGGACACUAUUAUUUCCCUCCGGCCCAUUUCUAAUUCACUUUGGGCGUUUUUCUCCCUGAAGGAAUCUCAAAUGCUAGACAUCCCCUACCCCAACCCCUCUGCUGUUCCCUGAUCCCUUGACAGCUUUAAAACUGACCAGGCUUAAAAGAGAGGUAUUGAUAUAUAUGGCUAUAUGAUAUAUCCGAGCCUGGGGGAGAUUUUAAAAUUUGCCAGGGCUAAAGCCACCAGGAGGGGCAAGAAAUAGGGGAAUGAGAGGGUGGAUGGAGGAGGGAGGUGGAUGUCGGGAACUGUCGGGAAUAAUUCUUGGGGUCUGACUUGUCUGUCCCUUCUCCCCUACCCCCAUUUCAAACACCUUCCCCUGGAAAAAAAUCACUUUGCUCUUCCCCAGAAACAGCUCUGGCCCCUUCUUGAACCCUCUACUGUGACAAGGCCCUGUGCUCCAAGGCCACGGGCAGCUGUGGGCAAGACAAAAGCAAUAAUCCUAGCAGGUGGGAGACCCCUAACCAGUGUAACUUACCUCGAAUACUGAAACUAGGCCCUGGAAGAAACUGAGUUGCAGAAGGUUAUAUAUAUAUAUUUUUUUCCUGCCAUUUCACUGCCAACCAUUAAAAAUACUGGUGUGAUGCUGCUUGUGUUUUUGUGUGUCGAUCUGCUGCCUGUCCAGGAUGCUGAUGGAGAGUAGAGAUGGGGCACAAGAUGGGUCGGGGAGCCACAGAUCAGGGCGUUGAUUCACUCUUUCGAUGGUUCAUUCACUUGCUCUGGCAUUCAUUCAUUUCCUUAUCCUUCUCUUUGCUCAUUCAUCCCAUCCUUUCUUUUUUAGAACUUUAACAAUAGCUCCAAGACAGAAGGGUAAAGCCUCCAGGGCUGAGUGACUUGCCCAGAGUCACACAGCUAGGAAGUAUCUGAGGUCACAUUUGAACCCAGGUGCUCCUGACUCCAGGUUUGGCUCUCUGUCCACUCUACCAUCUAGCUGCCCCCUAUCAUUUGUGUGUGUGUGUGUGUGUGUGUGUGUGUGUGAUCACUUCCCUGUCACUUAACUUGGUACAGAAAACUAUUGAAAAAGGAAUUUAUUGUACUAUGCAUUAUUUCUGCUCUGAAUAUAAAUGAUACAUGGCUGUAAAGCUCUAGAAGAAGAUAGUUUAACAAACUGGCCAGAACUUGUCAACCAAAAUAAUAGUAGCUCAUAUUUGUAGUUUAUAGAAAGUUUAUUAAACUAUUUCUCUUUAA